AUGUUGAAACAGUUAAGGAAGUUGGGAAUCAGGUGCGUGAAAAGAGAAUAUGCGACUGCCCUAUCAGCUGCAAUAGGAGAGAUGAACCACCUCGAAUCUCUCAAUGUCAGUGCCGUCGCUGAAGAUGAAAUCAUUGACUUGAACUUCAAAUCAGAUCCCCCCAAACUUCAAGUGUUGAAGUUGAAUGCUCGAGUGUCAAAGUUACCCGACUGGAUUCCAAAACUUGCGUAUCUUGUGAAGUUAAGGCUCGGUUUGUCCAACUUGAAAGAAGAUCCAUUAGACUCACUUAAAGUCUUGCCAAAUCUGUUGCAACUCAGCAUCUGGGAUAAUGCGUAUGAAGGUGAAAGUUUGCAUUUCAAAAAAGACGGAUUUCCAAAGUUGAAGGAACUUGAUCUUACUCGACUAAGCAGAUUAAGUUCUAUGUCCAUAGACAAAGGAGCUUUGCUUGGUCUUGAACACCUCAGCUUUAGAGAUAACCCCCAAAUGAAGGUGUUACCCUGUGGCCUCGAACACUUGAAAAACCUUCAAUUUCUUGGCUUCGUAGAUAUGCCAACUGAACUGGAAGAAAGCAUUGAUCCUGCUAAAGAUGGACGGCAUUAUGGGGUUAUCAAGCAUAUUGCCUGUGUAUCUGUUCGCUACAACGUCCAUGGACCGAGAUUUCAUCCAAACCACUCCUAG